GGCGUUGAUAACACGCCCGCCUGUACUAUUGACUACACGUUUGAUGAGUGAAUUGCAGUGCAUUGCAGUGUAGCACACAUUGAGUGUACAAAACAUAACAUAUGACACAACAAUACAGUGUGUUAUCAAUAAUUGUGUUGAUAUUUGAUUAGACCAUCGCUUUAAUGGACACAUUAUCACCACAACUGAUACCAAUCGAGUAGUCAGUGUGUUGUCGGCACCGAACUAAUUGGUCAGCUUUGGUGGACAUUCAAUCGGGUUAACUGUUUGUCAUAGCACUUGUGUUGACAUCAAUUCAUAGCGACGGGUGUGUCCUUUCCAUUGGGUCCGUCGGCCAAACAAACGCCAGUUUCUGUGAUGACCAUUAAGUUAUAUCGUGUGACCGUCGGAUCAAUUGUCUUACUGGUGGUCGACUUGAUUUGGGUUCUGAGCAGCGAAUUAACUGAAUAUCUCUAUAACGACAAGAAGUAUAACAAACCAUUCUUCGCGACGUAUGUGAAGACAUCGUUGUUUACAUUAUAUUUGUUGGCAUUCAUUCUGGUCAAGUCGUGGCGCCAACAGUGCCGACAAUGGCUGCGAUCGGCUAAGUUGGGUGACGCUGUGGCGCCYGAAGACUUCAAUUUAAGCGCCACUGCCGAUGGCUACUCGUUGACUACGGCCACGUCAUUAUCAGCUGAACAGCCAUUGUAUUCAAUACUCGACUCCAGUGGUGAUCAUAUUAACGAUGAAUCCAUCGAUGACGUCGAUUCGUCCAUCAGUAGCAAUGAUUGUAAAACAAGUGAUUAUUGGAGCGAAAGAGUAUUAAGUGAUCCGAUAUGGGUUCCCAUUAAAUUUAAUUCAGAUAACAGUUGUUUGAAUAGUGAACGAAGCAGUGGUACGGAAGGCACUGAAUCUGAGUCCGACCCGAAUAAGAAAAGCCCAAUGAAUCGGAAAUCCAAUGGCAGUCAAAAAUCUGUUCGUUUUUCAAAGUUAACAGAAGUACGACAAUUGUCGCAAUCGCAGGCCGAUGAAGCACUGUUGGCACGACUUUCAUAUCAGGCCACACUACGGGCACACGAGGCCGCACUGCGGGCCAGUUGUCAGCAGCAGAACAAGUUGUCUAUCGGCGAAACAGUCAAAUUGUCGCUUAUGUUUAGCGGACUUUGGUUUGCGGCCAAUUGGAGCUAUCAAUUGGCGCUUAAGUACUCGGAAGCGGGACUCGUGAACCUGUUGUCAAGCACUUCAUCAUUAUUUACUAUACUAUUAUCUCCUGUAUUCCCAUCCAACUCAUCUUCGGAUAAUUUUUCGUUAACCAAAUUAGUGUCAGUCAUCAUCAGUGUUGGUAGUGUGGCAUUCAUAACCAUAGCCCAAUCAAAAAUGGAUACAAUGGAAUAUAUACCGGUGGGCGCUCUAUGGGCACUGAGCGGCGCUUUUUUCUAUGCAUCCUAUAUUGUGCUAUUGAGAUAUAAAGUGUCAAAUGAGGAUCACUUGGAUAUACCUAUAUUUUUCGGUUUUGUCGGUUUAUUCAGUCUAAUAUUUCUAUGGCCGGCAUUUUUUAUCUUACAUUACUGUCAACUGGAAGUAUUUCAAUGGCCAAACUGUGAACAAUUACUAAUACUUCUAGUCAACGGUCUAUUAGGAACAGUAUUAUCCGAGUUUUUGUGGUUAUGGGCCUGUUUUCUAACUUCAUCACUAUUGGCAUCACUGUCUGUCUCCCUGACCAUACCGUUAACCAUAUUGUUUGACGUUAUAUUAAAGGGUGUGUCAUAUCCUCGACUGUUUUUUGUGGGCACAAUACCGUUAUAUCUAUCGUUUUUUACGAUAACUCUUUUAUCCCAUUACGACAAUUGGGAUCCAUUGGCCUCUUUUCUCAUGCGACUCGUCCGCCAUUCUGUGCUCAGAAAACCGGUCGUCAGACUAACUGAUCCACUCUAUAGUGAACAGACUCAGUCACUCAUCAAUGAUAGCAACAAUAGUAGCGCUUAAAUAUCAUUAUUAUAGUUAAUUAAUUUUUAUGUAAAUCAAUAUAUAUA